UUUACGUGUUACACGUAUGAAAGCCUAAAAACGGUCGAAUUGCCCAAUACUAUCCACUGGACAGUGUCCACAAACCGACAAACCAACCUGAACCAACCACUUAGGAACUUAAAAAAUAAAUAAAUACUGAACAAUUGAAACAUCUAACAAUUAUUAUAACGAUAAUAGUUUAUUUACAAAGAUUGUACUGUUAUAAAAUAUUUAUCAAGCUCUGAAUGUCAGUCAUUUUUUUCAAAAUAUUUAUUUACACUCAAUAUGGAUAUUGUCCCAGGAACUGCAUCUCUUCUUGAUGAGCUUGACAAAAAAUUGAUGGUAUUAUUGAGAGAUGGACGAACAUUAAUUGGUUAUUUACGAUCUGUCGAUCAGUUUGCAAAUUUGGUACUUCAUCCUACAAUUGAAAGGAUUCAUGUCGGCAAACAAUAUGGGGAUAUACCCAGAGGUGUUUUUAUUGUUCGUGGUGAAAAUGUUGUUCUCUUAGGUGAAAUUGAUAGGGAAAAAGAAAAAGAUCAUUCUUUGUCAGAAGUUUCAGUUGACGAUAUAUUAGAUGCUCAAAGAAGAGAACAAGAAUCAAAACAGGAUCAAAGUCGUCUUCACAAUAAAGCACUCAAAGAAAGAGGAUUAAAUUUUGUUCCUGAUCUUGGACAUGAUGAUAUGUUUUGACCUUCGAUAUCUUAUUCUUCAUUAAAUUAAUUAUUUUUUUUUAUCCAUGUAAUAAAUAAAUAUUAUCCAGUGAUUUUUCUUGAAAAAAACAAGGCAACAGAAAAAUCAUUUUUUAAAAGAUAACAAAAAUCUAAAAUACCUUGUAAAUUAAUAAUAAAUAAUUAAUAAAAAA